AUGGAAAAUUAUACCCAAUUAUCAACUGAUUUUACUCUAUUAGGGUUAUUACCAACAUCCAAGAUUGGCCUCUUCCUUUUCAUUAUCAUUGUUCUCAUUUUCUUAAUGGCUCUGAUUGGCAACCUGUCCAUGAUUCUCCUCAUCCUGUUGGACAACCAUCUACACACACCUAUGUAUUUUUUGCUUAGUCAGCUCUCUCUUGUAGACCUGAAUUACAUUUCAACCAUUGUCCCCAAGAUGGCUUACAACUUCCUGUUUGGAAAUAAGUCAAUUUCCUUCAUUGGAUGUGGAGUUCAGAGUUUUUUCUUUUUGACUUUGGCAGGGGCAGAAACACUUCUCCUGACUUCUAUGGCCUAUGACCGUUAUGUGGCUAUUUGCUUUCCUCUUCACUAUCCUAUUCGUAUGAACAAAAAUACGUGUGUGAUGAUGAUUAUAGUAUCUUGGUUAAUGGGGUCUAUCAACUCUUGUGCCCACACUGCAUAUGCAUUCCAUAUUCCCUAUUGCCAAUCCAGAGCUAUCAAUCAUUUCUUCUGUGAUGUCCCUGCCAUGUUGACUUUGGCUUGCAUGGACACCUGGGUCUAUGAAUACACGGUAUUUGUGAGUACUACCUUGUUCCUUGUGUUUCCUUUUAUUGGCAUUACUUUUUCCUAUGGCCGUGUCUUUCUUACUGUCUAUCGAAUGCCUUCUUCAGAGGGAAGGAAGAAGGCCUAUUCUACAUGUAGUGCUCACCUUACUGUGGUAACAUUGUUCUAUGCACCCUUUGCUUAUACCUACCUACGUUCAAGAUCCUAUCGAUCUCCAACAGAAGAUAAGAUACUUGCAGUUUUCUACACCAUCAUCACUCCUAUGCUCAACCCUGUCAUCUACAGUUUGAGGAACAAGGAAGUCAUGGGGGCCCUGAGAAAAAUAAUUCAUAAAAUUUUCAGUGUGGAAGUGUAG